AUGCCUAACAAGCUCCACUACCCCCUCACGCCGUGGUCUUGGAGGGCCAUCUGCGGCCGUCUCAAGUUCUGUGAAUCGUGGGAACAGCGACUUGGGACUCAGCAUUACGUCUGCUUUGUGCUGCACCUCGUCGAACUACAGAGAUCUUCGCUGCGCGAUCAAUUCGACUCGACAUGCUGCAGAGCCGCCUAUCUUUGCGCAGAGUGCGCCAGCCUGGUUCCGGCCCUGGCGGCUCGGCCACGGACUGUGCGAACCUUCUCAGAGCUGCGCGCCGCAUCUCCUAAAUCCAGUAGAGAUCCAGAGACAGUCGACGGCUCACCUUGGACAAUAUCUUCUUCGCUGCAACAACAGAACUCGCCAUGCCGCUCCUCCCACCGUAUCUCGAUAGCUGGGCCGCGCGAGCCUGCCACUCAAAAGCCUGAAUCAAAGCGGCGAGGCUUCCACACCUACUUUGUCACGCACCUUCCCUCCUCUUCCAUGCAUCCUGACGCGAAACGAAUAACAGGCGGCCAUAAACUGCCCCGUGAUGCCUCGACGCCUCACACCCCGAGCCCGGGUGCCGGUCCCGCCGUCGCCAUUCCUAAUUUGUCUGGGCGCGACCUCACCGUGGUGCGAAUCCCGCUGCGGCGAGCAAAGCACCAUUUCGGAUCCGCGAGCUCGAGAGGCAGCCGGCCGUACAACGAAGAUACCGACCAGGCUGGCAUUGUCGAUAUUCCUGCCUUUGCGAAGCGCGGCCCCAUGAGCAUCAAGCAAAAACCCGGGGAGGCCACGCCCGCGGAGAGCCAAUCCGGCGACCCCCAAAUAUUCUACUUUGGCGUCUUUGACGGCCACGGUGGAACACAGUGCUCAGCUUUCCUGCGCGACGAACUCCACGGGUACAUCGAAGAGGUGUCGAGCGCAUUCGGGCUGAAGAGCAGCCUGCGCAAACACAAACCUGGCCGCGAGACGGACGGUGACCUUACUAAGGAAAAGGCGUUGCAAUCUGUACACCUCAAAAAAGUAGAGGAAGUCGAGGACAAGGUUGAGGACCCCGACACGGCCUCGAUGCGCCAAGCUCCUAAACAUGGGAAACCACUACAAAGCGAGGACGCCGUGCCUGCCAAGCUGCAAGACUACCCGAAAGCCGUCAAGCUUGAGCGCGACCUUGUUUCCGAGUAUGCCGACACCAUCGGCGGCUACUUUCGUCGCUUCAACCCCGACCACUUUGACCUGUCCGACGACGUCUCCCACAACUCAGUGGUGUCUUUCGAGUCCGCCCUCACCUACGCCUUCCUCCGUGCCGACCUCGACUUUGUCUCUGCGCAAGCGCGCAAGGCAGACCCGGACGACCUGCGCGUAUCCGACUCGCCCGUCAACAACGACGAGAUCCUCGGCGCGCCGCACACCACGCCCUCGGGUCACGGCAUUGGCGGCGCCACGCGCUUCAAGGGCGGCUCGACAGCCUCAAUUGCGCUCAUCUCCACGCCCACACCAGCGCCUUUCUGGCACCCGGCUGCGCAGUCGACGCUCCUCGUCGCCCAUGUCGGCGACACCCGCGUGCUCCUAUGCGACACCGCCACUGGCCUUCCGCAGCCGCUCACCUCGGACCACCACCCAAGUACGCCGACAGAGAGCCGCCGCUUGCGCCGCUACGCGCCCGCCGGCUCCAUGGUAUCUGGCGACAGCUUCGGCGAGGAGCGCAUCGCCGGGCUCGCCAACAGCCGCGCUUUUGGUGACAUUCGCAGCAAGCGCAUCGGUGUCUCUGCCGAGCCUGAAAUCACGCGCGUCGAGCUUGGCCCCGCGCAGUACUCCUUUCUAGUCCUCAUGUCCGACGGCGUCUGCGGCACCCUCUCCGACCAGGAGAUUGUCGACAUUGUCAAGGAGGCGAGGACCCCUGAGCAGGGCGCUCGCGCCGUUGUCGACUACGCCACUGAGGUCUCGGACGACGGCGACAAUGCUACCUGCCAGGUCGUCCGGCUCGGUGGCUGGGAGCGCCGUUCUGAGGGCGGUCUCGGACCGAUUGGCACAAAGGAGGUUCGUGAAAUCAGACGCAAAGAAGCUUUGGAUCCGCGACGCGGCAAGCGCUACUUCAAGGAGCUCUUGGCUCAUCUCAACACAGCACUGCUCGGUUUACCCUACAACCCCGCCAUGCCGUCAUUCAUGUUUUCGCGGGGUACAUUUAUCCUGCUGGUGGCCGCCGUUUGCCUGGCCUACCUGCCUAGCAAAGUCGCGGCAUUUGGUGCUGGAAAUAUCCCUUCCAUUGCACAGGUGGAAGGCUUCAACUGGCGACAUGGAGAUAUCGAGGACAUGCUUACGAGCCUUGCGUUUCUGCAGGGUAAGAAAUGGAGCUCCAUGAACGUGAAGCGUGUCUACUUUGGCAACUGGCUCCGUGAUUACUCUCAGGCCGUCGACGUUGGCAGUCUGAAGGGCGUCAACGGCGCCACCAUUCGUAUUCUUGUUUGGGUUCUCUCUUUCAUGGCUCACGGUUAUGCCACCGAUGAAUUCGAAGUUACCGAAGAGCGCCUUGGCUGCUACCGACCGGAAGAGCAUAUUGACAACCCCCUUGGCUACGCCGAAGGCGUUGAUGCUCGCACUUUCGAUCCGAGACUGAGAGGACCUGUUCGACCUGUCGAAACCGAGAUCGAUAUGGAUACUGGUAUGAAAAACUACAUCAAGAACGAAAAAGGCGACUGGGCGACCAGCGCUGGCUAUCUGCGAUUUAGCAUCGCACGCUGCAUUCACUUUGGCCGCAUCUACACCAAUGGCGACAAGGGCAAAGGAAAGGAGGAGAACCUUUGCGAAGCUCUCAGGUGCCUGGGCCAGGCUUUGCACUGUCUAGAGGACUACAGUGCCCAUAGCAACUAUUGCGAGCUUUCUCUCCGAGAAUUGGGCUACCACAAUGUCUUUCCUCACUGUGGUAACCAGUCCGAGAUCAACGUUCGCGGCAAGAGAAUCUAUCCUAUCGUCACGGGAACGUUUGGUGGUGUUGACUUUCUUCACUCCGUCAUUGGAGAGGCCAAUGAUCACUUCACCCAGUCUGAGGUCGACGAGGUCGACAUCGCUCUGAAGAACGCCGAAGCUGCCAGAAGCGGCGGUGGUGGCUCGAGUGAUCGCGGCUUCCUCGGUGUUUCUGCACCCACUGACUUUAUCUCCUUGGUCUCGAAGCUCCCUGGCGAGGGAGAUGGAUUUGCUGCCCAAGCUAGAGAGCUCCAGGCCAUGUCCGAGGCACAGGAGCAGCAAAACCGAUCUAUGGACCGAGGUAUGGAUCGAUCCAGAGGCGAAGGGAAUACCAACAUUGUCCCGGGUAUGAGUCCCGACUUUGACCCUGUCAAGACUGCUCGACAGAUUUACCCGAUUCUGCAGUUCAGAGACAGAAUUGUCAAGACAAUCAGCCGCGGAAUUGCCAAGAUCCCUGGUCUUGAGAAGUUGCUCGAGCACAUUAGCGAAACUCUUACUGCCUUUGUCCUGGGCCUUCUGGCCCCCUUUAUCCGUCCUAUUAUCAACCAAGUAUCCAAGGUCCUGAAAGACGGCUCCUCGGGUAUCAUUUCGGCAAGCUCCAAGUCUCAGCUGGAGCCCUGGGAGAACCCCCAUUGCUCGGACCCUACUCACUCCAUGCUGUCGAAGGAUCAUUUCACGAAUGUCCUCAACUCUUGUGCUGGUCGUGUCGCCGCGACCUGUCUACAGUACGCUGUUCCUCGCAUUCUCUUCGCUUGGGAAAACAUUGAUGUUCCCACCGAUGAAGUCACGAAUGAUAUUCUUCGUGCCUUGCAUCAUCCUUCCCUUCGUGAUGAAAGCGUUGAGAUUCAGCGAGACAUGUUCAAGACUGUCCGAAAGUGGGCUGACGAGCAUCCUCGUCGCCAUGAACUCGAGCGUCUCUUGUCCUCCGAAUCUGUCAAGAGUGGAAAGAACCAUCUUCUGAAUCAGCAAGGCGGCAAUGGAAAGCGUGACAUGCACUCUUGCGGAGGCGGCUUAGAUUCAGCGCACGCUGGUCACGGAAAGGUUGCUGGCUCGCUUUGGUCGCAAAUCCAGACCCGAGACUUGGCUUCGAUUCAGGGAAGCGAUGGAAAUGCGAGCGAAAACUACAUGUCACACUCCCCUGCGCCUUCGACGAGUCGCCCCCCUCCGUCCGACGGAUACAACUACAGCCAGCCAACAUCCGGACCUCCUGGAGGAUACAACCAACCACCUCCCAACCCGGGCCAGUACUACUCUGGAUACAGCCAGGGACCGCCGCCUUCUCAGCAGGGCGGCUAUGGCGGUAGCCCCGGAUAUGGCGGCGGUCCUCCUCAAGGUCCUCCUGGAGGCCAAUGGGGUGGUCCGGCGCCGCCUGCUCCCCAAGGCUACGGCGGUCCUGGUUACGGCGGCCCUGGGUACGGUCCUGGCCCUGGCGGUCCUCCUGGAUAUGGUGGCCCCCAGCAGCAACAGUACCCGCCGUACGGACAGCAGCCUCCUCCAGGCCAAGGUCCUCCUGGAUCGUGGAGCCAGUACCCUGGCCAAGGGCCUCGUUACUAG